UUUCCUUUUUCUUUCCAGACAAUCACAAUGGCUGGUUUUUUCAAAGACUUGAUCAACUCGUUAUUUUCCGACCCAAUUUCACCCUCUUCUUCCUCCUCCUCUAACAAUUUCAAUAAUAAUAAUAAUAAGUUGUCAGUAGGAUCUGGUGGGGGGAUGGAAGGAAGCGUAGAAAAUGAAAAGAUAGCAUAUAAAUUAAAAGGAUAUUUCGAACUGGCAAAAGAAGAAAUCGAUAAAGCAGUUAGGGCUGAAGAAUGGGGCUUAAUUAAUGACGCUAUUACUCAUUAUAAUCUCUCUCAACGUAUUCUUUCUGAAGCUAUUUCUACACCUGUCCCUACUUAUAUCAGUUCCAGAGAACAAGAGAAGGUUAAAACUUAUCGGCAGAAGAUAUCAAAAUGGCAGAGUCAAGUUUCUGAGAGACUAAUUACUUUAAACCGUCGAUCAGGUGGCUCAUCAAUAAACAAGAACAAAUCACCUCAGUUACAAACUACUGCAGUUCUCCCAUUAAAGUCCAAUGCUACGAAAGUGGUGCCACAAAAGCCUUCUGGUCCCAGUUUACGUAGUACUAGUAACGUGACACGGACUCAGAGUAACAAAGCAAUGAAUUCAAAGCCUGUUCACGAAUCUAAUGAUGGUCUUGACCCAAAAUUGGUUGAGAUGAUCAAUUCUGUUAUUGUAGAUAGAAGUCCGUCUGUCAAAUGGGAAGAUAUUGCUGGCCUUGAACAAGCUAAACAGGCUUUGCUGGAAAUGGUAAUCCUGCCAACUAAAAGAAAAGACCUAUUUACUGGCCUUCGUAGACCAGCUAAAGGUUUACUUCUUUUUGGUCCACCUGGCACGGGUAAGACCAUGCUUGCCAAGGCAGUUGCUUCAGAAUCCCAAGCAACCUUUUUUAGCAUCUCUGCUUCCUCUUUAACAUCAAAGUGGGUGGGAGAGGGUGAAAAACUUGUUCGGACCCUUUUCGCAGUUGCUGUUUCUAGACAACCCUCUGUAAUAUUCAUGGAUGAAAUUGAUAGUGUUAUGUCAGCAAGAACAUCUAGUGAACAUGAUGCUAGCAGAAGAUUAAAGUCAGAGUUCCUAGUCCAGUUUGAUGGGGUGACUUCAAACUCAAAUGAUCUAGUUAUUGUCAUUGGUGCGACAAAUAAGCCACAAGAGUUAGAUGAUGCUGUACUUAGGAGAUUGGUGAAGAGAAUAUACAUCCCCUUACCAGAUGCAAAUGUUCGAAGAGAUCUCCUGAAGCACAAGCUCAAGGGUCAAGCAUAUUCUUUACCGAGUGGAGAUCUGCAAAGACUUGUGAAAGACACCGAGGGAUAUUCUGGGAGUGAUCUGCAAGCUUUGUGUGAGGAAGCAGCAAUGAUGCCUAUAAGAGAACUUGGUUCGAAUGUUCUCACUGUCAAGGCUGAUCAGGUGCGACGAUUAAAAUAUGGAGAUUUCCAAAAAGCGAUGACUGUCAUUCGACCGAGCUAUGUAAAAAGCAAGUGGGAAGAACUUGAGCGGUGGAACAAAGAAUUCGGCUCUAAUUAAUAGUGACAAAUAGUAAAAUCAUGUUUUCAGUUACUGGAAGCCCUCUAAUUUAACAGCUAUUUGAAUUGCAUAUCAUUUCAAGGGCCAAACUUGACAGGCUGGAUGGAACAACUUUUAGUGGACGAGCUACAAGUCGCUAUAGGAUUGUGAAUUUGUGAUCUACGAUGAUCUGGCCAUCAUUUUUCAGAUACAUAGACGGAGCACAUGAAUGACCAAUUUGGCUACAGUGAUCUAUACGUGCAGAUAAUUGUAUAGGUCCCUUGAAACUGUCAACAUGUACAGAAAUUUGUUAUAUAUAGAUUGAUAAUGGUUUGUCUGUCGUAUCUUGCCCAAAUGCUAAAAUGAGCCCAGCAACCUUUUUGGUUAUCGGGUCACUUCAAUAUUUGUUAAGCCAAAAGCCUUUUGGUAAAAUUGUAUUAUAUAUCCUUAUACUAAUAAAGUAUGAUUAAAGUAUGCUCA